UGUACAGACAUUUUUCACAAAAUACUCAAUCAGUUCCUGACUAUAAAAGUGUUUUCAUCAAGCUCUAGUGAUUUUAUUUCUCCAUUUCACUGCAAUAUUUUGAUCGAUCGUUGACCGAAUGAAAGCUCUGUGCCGUUUGUGGACUGUUGGAAAUCGAUAAGUGAUCAGAUCUUAUCUGAAUAUUCAGCGUAUGUCUUGCUCAGACACGCGGAACGAACAAUAUCGUUGUUGUCGGGGUCUUAAGUGAACUUCAAGAGAACAAAAUGGAAGAAAGCAAGCGAAAAACUACGACAGGGAGUGUGUUCUGGGAAGCUGCUGAAGAGAAGGCGAAACGUAGCGAAAGUUUACAAGAAGCUUUUAAGAAAUUCAGAAAGAAGAGACAGAAUGCUAUACGUUUAUCCAAACAAGUUGAUGAGGAGACCGUAAAGUGGAGAGUUGAUCCUGUGAGAAUGAAUAACCUCCGAGUGAAAUUUGUUGAGCAGUGUAAGCUGUACUUUGGUGUGCCUUAUGCCAAGAAAUACCAGGAACCAGGAUCGGCAGAGUUCAAUGCACCAUUCUUUCUUGAUUGCUGUGGUUUGAUCAGAAGGGUAUUGAGGGAUCUCAAAGAAGAUUUUGGUUUUGAAGUUGGGCCAUGGAAUCAAGCCUACAUGUACGAUACACUUCCUCUCAAUGUGGAGAAAACUGAAAACUUGAAGCCAGGAGAUCUUGUGUUUGUGUCAGGAAUUUAUCAUAAUCCAAAAUCAAAGAAACAGCGUCACAACAUGGUCCAUGUUGAAGUUUGGGCAGGAGAUGGAGAGAAGACCAUUGGUGCCAGAUGGCAGAAGGGGAAGGUUCAGUACCAUGACUCCUACAAAUUCAAUGCCAAGAGCUAUCACAGCAUGCAGUAUCAUUUCAAAUCCAUCGAUACUUGGCUAAUGGGAAUUUGUCAGAGCCACUGCCCAGAACACUCAUGGAAGCGAUCACAGUUUGAGCCAGGAAAGAGGUCCAUCUUUGCUGAAGAUCAAGGAAAUGAAACAGAAGAUCAAAAUGCAGAAGAACUUGCAGAUGAGGAGAUUGGCAGUCAAAUAAAUGAUGAUAAACAGAUGCGUCCUUGCAGCCUGUUGAAUAUUAGUUGCUCCCAAAAAGAGGAUCACAGUUUCCCUGUCAAAAAGAAUUCUAAUCAACAAGCUGUUUCCUCUCACAUCACUUCUCCAGAGUCAAACAAAUGUUAUGAUACAGUUUCCUUCGAUCAUUUUUCUACAACUACAACAGCCCAACUGCUGCAGAGAAACUUUAACAGCCUCGAUGAAUGUGUUACUUGGUUGCUGACAAAGAUAAGCAUGGAUAUUGAGAGUGAAUGUAAUGACGCAAUUUCUGACAUGGAAGAAAUUGGGUUACAUUCAAGUCGUCAACAGACAGAAUAUUCCUCCUCAAGUGAUCACUACAAAAAUAGAAUUCCAAAGGAUCACUCUGCAAGCAAAACUAAAAUGGAAUCAACAAUGCAGUCAAACACUGACCAAGACUGUGGCAGUGUUAAUCAUUUUGAUGUUUCUCAAGAGCAUGAUCAGAAUGACAGUGGAAAUUUAGAGUACUGCAAGGAAAAUUCUUCAUCUUUGGAGUGUUUUGACUUUAUGCAUACUGGCAUGAAUUGUGAUCCAUUUUGUAUAAACCAGUGUCCUAACAAUUCAGACAGUAAUCACAGUCGAAGCAAAUCCAGAAGGUCCGUGUCUCCUUCCAAGGCUACAAAAAAUGGGAAAGACUCCGGGAGUGGUUCCUCGGGCAAUGGAAGAGGGAAUGGAAAUGAAAAGAACAACAACAGGGACUCCUCUCGUAGGAGUGGUGCAAGAUCAGUCAGUAGUUAUGUGAAUGGUAAACAGCCAAGGUUCUUCAUUGGAGGAGGAAAUGGAAAUUGGAUGAUCGAAUCAACUUUGGUUUCACUUGGAUGGUCUAGAAUUGAGGACAAGUUGGAUGAAUCGUUCAAACUCAAAUGGGUGGAGUGCAAGAGUCAGAUUAACUAUGAAAAUUUCAGAGAUGGUGAACAGUUGGCUAAUCACAUUUCCAACAUCAACUUGUUGACAACAAAGCUGGGUCUUCUGUGCAGCUUGGAGGAAUAUCAACGCGUGCAAGAGAAAAUGGCCAAGAACAAGCUAAAAUUUCCUCUGAGUGAGUUUGUCCCGGAAACUCACAAACUGAUGAACACAACAGAAAAAGCCAAGUUUGUGAACGAAGUUUACAAAGAAGGUGAAAUUUGGAUCUGCAAACCGACGGGUAUGAAUCAAGGAAAAGGAAUUUAUCUUGUUAAUAGCAAAGAGCAACUGAUCGAAAAGCUUAACAUGAACGGAGGUGAUAAUGCAAGUGCCAGACGAAGUUUAGUGAGGCCCCCACAAGGACGCGUUAUACAGAGAUAUGUGAUGAAUCCUCUCCUGUUAAAUGGCUGUAAAUUUGACAUUCGUACGUACAUGCUGAUUGCUAGUACCACUCCUUUCAUAGUUUUUUAUCAUCCGGGAUAUGUGCGACUCUCGUGUGUCCCGUAUACACCCUACAGUCCGGAUGCCGCUGGACUGCAUGCUCAUCUUACCAAUCAGUAUGUCCAAAAGAAACAUCCUUUAUAUUCAUCUAUGAAAGAAGACACUGUCUGGAGUUUCGAACGUUUGCAGUCUUACAUCGACGAGAAGUAUGCCAAGGAGAAGGAACUCCCUGAAAACUGGGUUUACACCACAUUUACGAAACGCAUGCAUCAGAUCAUGACAACGUGUUUUCACAGUGUUCGUCAGAAGCUUCACAGGAGAGCGGGAACAUUUGAUUUGCUAGGCUUCGAUUUCCUCAUCGACGACAAUUUUAAAGUGUGGUUGUUAGAAGUGAAUAUUAACCCUGCACUUCAUACCAACUGUCAGGUUCUGAUGGAUCUCUUACCCGGAGUAGUUGACGAGACGUUGAAACUUGUAAUCGAGAUUGCUGACAAGACCAAGAAAAGAGCUCCGGUUUUUCCUUUAGAAAAUCAGAAGGGAUUUCAAUUGUUGUACAAUGGAGAAGGAAAAUAGAACUAGAACGAUGUAAUUGCGAGCGACAUAGAUAUGAAAGAACUCAAGACGCCGUGCUUACGGGUCUGAAUUAUUGGUACAGAUGGAUCAUACUUGCAAAGAGCCUAUCCUUGAAAAAGUAAAAGGCACCGAUCUGGCCACUUGGCGUCCGCCAAGCAGAAUGCAACGUCAAUAAAAAUAACGGUUUGAAUAAAUGGAUGUACAGCGAGUCAAAAAUUGCGCUGUUCUAUGAUCAUCGUGUCAAGAGUUACGUGGUUGAAAAAGGACGACGAUACGAAAAUGAAUAGUGCAUGCUAGUUUCUGUGAAGAGUGAGAGUUUCGUGAUAAUCUACUUGGUUGUAGAUACUUUUGGAGUGCAAGCUUAGAUAUGCCAACACAACGGUCAAACGUUUCUGGCCGCCCGCGCACCAAUUUCCCGCGCAAACUUUUAAAGGAAAACAUAACAAGUUACAGCUGUCUUGCAAAUUAAACGAAACAAAAUUGAAACGUUCAAAGCAAUCUGUUAAAGGAAUAAAAAGAUGGGGAAAUGGAAAACUCCAGACUUUUCGAACACAACACUUUUUCAAGUACGGGUUUCCAAUGAAUUUAUCAUAUUUUUUUAAGCUUUCCCAAAAAAGUUAUACGCUUUUAAAACACUGUGACUUACUGACUUGUGUUUUUGUAUGUAACUCGUUUUCAUGCACAUGCGCAGAAGGUUGUUGUAUAGACUGUGAAUCGAAGAUUUGCAUGUAAAUUUUCUUAUUAUUCUUCUAUUUGAUGAGUAUUGGUGAAAUUAUCCAGGGAUCGACUUGCCUCUGAACACGAAAAUAUUUCGCUGUUUCUGCGAGUGUUAACAGGUGUAUCUUAGAGAAAUCCUGGUGAAUGAAGGUGUGUUUAUAUUUGAGUUUGAAUGAGGUAAUGGUAAAUGUGUUUGAGUUUUCCCAUUAUGGUUAAAAGAACAGAUGUUAAGUCAACUGUUACGCCAUAGAAAAAUUAAAAAAUUAAUGGACCGUAUUU